AUGGCGGAGAUUGAUGAACAUUUAGAUAGGAUUAGUAAUUUACCGGAUCCAAUUCUAUCCUUAAUAUUAUCGUUUUUGCCAACCAAACAAGCUGUUGCAUCUAUCGUGUUGUCUAAGAGAUGGCAAGGUAUUUGGACUGAAGUCCCAGCACUCGACUUGGAUGUCAUUAAUCUGAGCAACGAAUCCAAUUCGACGUUUGUUGAUAGAGUCUUGAUUCUUAAUGUUGCACCUUUUUUACACCAGUUUAAGCUAAGUUGCUGCUUAACCAAGACGAUCAAAGAGUUCCAUAUUUGUUCAUGGAUUAUGAAUGCAAUAAGACGUGAUAUAUUUGAGAUGGAUCUAUCGUUUGAUAUAGCUUAUAGUGGGAGGCCUAUGCUACUACCGGCAAUGAUUUUGGUGUGCGAAAAGCUUAAGGUGUUAAAGCUGAAAUCUUGGACCCUUCCUUUAACACCUUUAGUUCAUCUACCAAGUCUUGUAGCACUCCACCUUGAUCAUAUAAGCUUUGUAGACGAGUCAACGUUGGAGUAUCUCUUGUCGCGGUUACCUUGUCUUGAAGAAGUAACUAGUUGUGAUUAA